GCAUUAAGCUUUCUUAAGUCAUUGUACACUCGCUAUCGUCUUUGCGAUUGCUUUGUUUUGCUGCUCUAAUGCAGCCAUUUUGCUUCUCUGUCCCUGGAUUCGCGAGCGAUCUUGACUCUGCGCUUCGACGUGUUAAUGCCUUCAAGUUUGCCCAUGAAUUGGGUCAAGGAAGCCUUGGCAGGGUACAACAUGCCGAGUGUCCAGCCACCCGCGAGUGCUUCGCCGUCAAAAGAGUGCGCCUGCCGGCAUCAGCGGAGAAGCGUGUGACCAUUUUGCAGCGAGUAGCACGGGAAGCGGCUGCUGCUCGCGUGCUAUCAUCGGUGUCACCACACCCAACUGGAGUUGUACGGCACUUUGCGUGCCUGUACGACAACUCCACGGAUGAAGUACUAUUCGUAAUGCAGCUAUGUAAGGGUCCAUGCCUAGCGGAACUCAGGCAGAAGGAGGGCAUGGCGGGAAGGCUGCCGGAGGCCCGGGUUCGCCGCUUGGUGGGCGGGGUGACGGUCGCUCUGGGGCAGCUGCAUGCAGCGGGGCUGCUGUGUGUGGACCUCAAGGCCGAGAACGUCGUUUUAGACGCUUCUGAAGAGGAUCCCGACAGGGUGGUCUUGCUGGAUCUAGACCUUUGCCGCGACCUGCCCGGGUACGACAACUGCGAAGCAGCCGUUGCGGCCGUUCGUACCGCCGCCUGUACUGCAGUCGCUGCCGCACCUGGGAGCAGGACAGCACCUACAACAGGGGUAACCGCAGCCACUUCGCAGCCGGCCUCGGAGCGCACUAUUUGGGGAACUGCGGAGUACCUAGCCUACGAGCUCCUGCAGGACGGCCCUGCUGCAUACUCUCCCGCAAGUGACUGGUGGGCCCUGGGUGUGCUGUCGUACGAGCUCUUGUACGGCAGACCGCCGUACAUGGGGGCCACCCUGGAGGCACUGCUCAUGCGCAUGGCCCACCAUACGCCGGCCUUUCCCCCACCCGCGGAUGGGGGGCCUCAGGUGAGCCCCAGCAUGCAGCAGUGGGUGCGCGCGCUGCUGCGGUGCCGGCCCGACAUGCGGUUGGGCAGCAGAGGGGGGGUGGGCGAGGUGCUGGGGCACCCGGCCAUGCAGGGCGUGGUAUGACCGUGUUGACGUGUUAGCGGCGGCAGGGCCAUACGUACGUGGGCUGUAUGUAAUGGUCAUGGCUGGAGCAGACAUGAAGGGAUACGUGUAGCGCCCUGGGGCAGUGGGGAAGGCGGUGAGGCUUGGUGGUCUAUCGUGGGGAUCUGUAAUGUGGGCUUGCCCUGGAGUGGAGUAAUGCAAAUGG